AUGGCUGCCUGGCCAUGCAGGGUGGGGGUCUACCGGCCUGGAGCCUGUCCUCGCUCGCCGGCGCGCCUGCCGGGCAGCCUGGGGCAGCUGCGACCCUGGAAAAAGGCAGGGUGCUGUGUGGAACUGAUGCUGCUGCUGCUGGCCGGGGAGCUGUCCCUGGGCGGCGGCUGCCCGCGGGACUGCGUGUGCUACCCCGCACCCAUGACGGUCAGCUGCCAGGCGCACAACUUCGCCGCCAUCCCCGAGGGCAUCCCGGAGGACAGCGAGCGCAUCUUCCUGCAGAACAACCGCAUCACCCUCCUCCAGCAGGGCCACUUCAGCCCCGCUAUGGUCACCCUGUGGAUCUACUCCAACAACAUCACCUUCAUCGACCCCGGCACCUUCGAGGGCUUCGUGCACCUGGAGGAGCUGGACCUUGGCGACAACCGGCAGCUGCGGACGCUGGCGCCGGAGACCUUCCAGGGCCUCGUGAAGCUGCACGCCCUCUACCUCUAUAAGUGCGGGCUCAGCGCCCUGCCCGCAGGCAUCUUCGGUGGACUGCACAGCCUGCAGUACCUCUACCUGCAGGACAAUCACAUCGAGUACCUGCAGGACGACAUCUUUGUGGACCUGGUCAACCUCAGCCACCUGUUCCUGCAUGGCAACAAGCUGUGGAGCCUGGGCCAGGACACGUUCCGGGGGCUGGUGAACUUGGACCGGCUGCUGCUGCACGAGAACCAGCUGCAGUGGGUCCACCACAAGGCUUUCCACGACCUCCGCAGGCUGACCACCCUCUUUCUCUUCAACAACAGCCUCUCCGAGCUGCAGGGCGACUGCCUGGCGCCCCUGGGAGCCCUGGAGUUCCUCCGCCUCAACGGGAAUGCUUGGGACUGCGGCUGCCGGGCGCACUCCCUGUGGGAAUGGCUGCGGAGAUUCCGGGGCUCCAGCUCUGCCGUCCCCUGCGCGUCCCCCGAGGCGCGGCAAGGCCAGGACCUGAAGCUGCUGAGGGCCGAGGACUUCCGGAACUGCACGGGGCCAGCCUCCCCGCACCAGAUCAAGUCGCACACGCUCACCACCACCGACCGGGCCGCCCGCAAGGAGCACUACCCGCCCCGGGGCUCUGCCAGGGACAGGGGCCACCCGCAUGGCCACCUGCCCGGCUCCCGCCCAGGCCACCGGAAGCCGGGCAAGAACUGCACCAGCCACAGGAAUCGCAACCAGGUGUCCAAGGCGGGCACCGGGAAGCAGGCCCACGAGCUGCAGGACUACGCCCCUGACUACCAGCACAAGUUCAGCUUUGACAUCAUGCCCACUGGGCGGCCCAAGAGGAAGGGCAAGUGUGCCCGCAGGACCCCCAUCCGUGCCCCCAGCGGGGUGCAGCAGGCCUCCUCGGGCAGUUCCCUGGGAGCCUCCCUCCUGGCCUGGAUACUGGGGCUGGUGGUCACUCUCCGCUGAGGACCUGGGGCGCCAGCACCCAGCACUGCCACGUGUCCACCAAGGAACAGAAUCUCUUUUCUUUUUUUUUAACAAGGGGAGGAUCUGCUGGGUUUCAGGCAAGUUGGUAAGGUCUUCGGCUGCUGUCUGGGCCCUGCCCGGUGGAUUAUAAACCCAAAGUGUACAGCCCCAAAGUGGGAAGGGAUUAGUGAGCACAUCACACCCAGCUGUCCAGCCAGGCCCUGCCGAGCGCCCACGGACAGCAUCCAUCCAGCAAGGUGGUUAAAGCCCGCAAAAGGAAUCCUUCAUUAGCAACAAUGGGACAGUGCCCCACAGGAGCUGGGCUCUGUGGAAUCCCAGUCAUUGGAGAGGUCUCAAGGGCCCCCGCCAUCCCUGGAGGAAGCAGGACUCAGAGGAGAAGAGCUGAGGCUCACCCAAGAGGCUGGGUGUCCCAGCUGUCUGGGAGCAUGGAAGCAGGUGGUAUUUUGGCUCUUGCCUGAGGCCACGGAGUCUACCUGCCCUCACUCCGACCCUCAACCCCUCCCUCGGGGAUAACGCCUCUCGUUCCUGAUGUCUCAGGCAGCCCUGGCAGACCCAGGCCCAGCCGCUGGGCUCCAAGAACCAAUUACCAAAGGAAAGAUCAUCAGAGGCUGAAAUUCAGAACUGCAUCAAGUGCAGUGAGAUUCUCACAGGAGGUGCAGUUUUAUAGCUACGUCCACUUAUAUAUAUACACACUCUCCACAUAUAGAUACACACAACUGCCCAGGGCCCCGCCCCCCGCCCCCCCCCCAACUGUAUGUCUUCUCAUGUUUAUAAACUAUACGGAGAACUAUGAACUAAGGAUUGUAUUGGUGAUUUCUAGCAAGAAAAGAGUUACAGGGUUUUUGUCUAGAAUCCCAACCUGGCAACAACAGUCCUCGUUGUAACCUGUGCUUGCCAGGGCCUAGGGCAAAGGGUCAGUGGGAAGGGCCAGAGAGAAGAAGGGGAGGCAGCAAGAAUCACUUCAGGGGACCAAUCUUCUUCGAUGUUUAGAGCAUCACCUUGUUUUUAUAUGCAACGCAAGUCCAGCUGCCGCCCCAGAGCACCCCAUCACCCCCACUGUACUAGGUGUUGUCAGGGCCAGAAGCGAGAAGCAGCUCAUUGGACAUCAGGGAGCCAGGCCCUGGGGACGGGCUUCACGGAGAAGGGGACGGAAGGGGCUCUGGGUCUUUUUUGCCAACGGGCAGGCAGCAUCCACAGUGUCAGCCCAACAGGCUGGGCAGUGUCAUCAGCCUAGCGUUUUUGCCAGCAAUGGUCUGGACAGGCCAGGGAGACUCCGGGCAUGAGCCCAGGCCUCCAGCAUGGCUCAGCUGCUGAAUUUUUCCUUGAGGCUCUUUGAUGGCCGUCCCAGCAAGGGUCCUGUGUAGGCGGCAGGAGGGAAAGCAUCAGGUGGCCUUAGCAGAAGGGGAACAAAGAGGGCAUUUCAAGAACCAUCUCAGGCACUUCUGCAUUAUGGAGGCCGCAGCCCUCCUGGCCCUUCUGAACACGCCCAGGGACGGGCAGAGGUGGGGGAGGGGGCCAGACUCAGGGGUCAGGAGUGGGGACGUGCCAGGCAUGGAACAGGCAAGCCCAGCGAGGGGACAGUGGCUCCAGUCAAGGUUGGCCAUGCUGCCGGCCAGGGCCCCGGCAGGCGCAAUCUCCUCUGAGCUUUGCACAAACCUGAAUUCCCCACCAGAGAGGAUGUGUGUGAGGAGCAAGAAACACCGAAUCCAAUCAAGAGAGGAAAAUAAUAAUAAAAAAAUUUCUCUUGGACAAGAA